AUGGUGAUGAUAACUGAAUAUUACUAUUUUCUAUUUUCACCCGCAGUGUACAGACGUAUUUUCACAAUUAUUUUAAUCGCAUCCAUUGCUGAGGGUCAAUUACAAUUAAAUGAUUUGAAACAAAAGUUCUCGAUCACAACGUCAGCAUCGCUGUUGCCUGGACUUUUAGAGACCGGUGAGGCAUGCACAUGUGCUGUAUUUAUGAGUGGACAAUUCAAGAAAGGUUCUAAUGAUCAACCUAGCGGAUAUCCAGCAUUAGUACAAGAGACAGACAUUCAUUUUCCAUGUACAUCAACAGGAACGAAAAUGUGCGUCAAUAAAUGUUUAGAGACAAUUGUAAAGCAUUUGCCAAACUCGCCAGCCAUAAUUUGCGGAACAAUUGAUCGUGAUUGUCAUCGUGAGAGAGCCUACUUGUUUGUUAAAAAUUGUGAUGCAAAAUCGUGGAUCAACAGUAAUUUGUCAGCGGGAAGAGAAUAUUGCUGUAAAACUGGAUCGCCAGUAAGCUGCUUGGAACGGCUGACGUAA